ACUGAUGGUGUGUGUAUGUGUGUGUGUCUUCAGGCUGCAGCCAGUCUGUUCUCAGCUGACCCCCCGGUGACCUCUGGACCAACCAUCUCUGACAUCACAGAUGUGACAUCAUCUGACAACGUGAUCAGUGAUUGGACGGACGCAGGAGAGAGCCAAUCAGUGAGCGUCAAAGAGGAACCGUCCAGUCCUGAUCUAGAGGUGUGUCCUGUUCUGGAGGGCGGACCUACAUCUGUGGACACGCCCCUCUCCCCCACUACCUUCAUCAACUCCAUCCUUCAGGACAACGACACGCAGACCACCCCCAGCACCUCUGCUGCAGUCAGUCCCAUCAUUUUGAUGAGUCCCGCCUCCACCGGGUCACUUCCUGCAGCUCCAGCCAGCCAAUCACCUGCCUCCAUUCCCACCUCAAACUCCAGCCCAACCAAACCUCCACAACAGUGUCAGACUGUGGCCUGUAUCGACAGGUGA